AUUCUCAAGAAUUUAUUAGCGUUUCAGGAAAAUAUAACCAAGCUGCUCAAAUUGCUGAGAUUCUAGAGUUAUAUGAAGAUAGUGAAAAAGAACGUGUAUAUCACGAUUGCAAAAAUACUCAAUUCAAAAAAAGUUUAUUAAUAAUGGAAUUAAAAAAAAAUAAUUUUUUCAAACGUCAGAGAUGUAAAACAGCAUCUAAUGUUCUACACAACGAAACACCUGUUACUAGUAGAAAUAAUAAUAAUAAUAAUAUACAAAAAGUCGGCAGUAGUAAUGGCACUUCUCACAGUUUUAAUAUACACAAUAGUAGAUCACGUUUCAGAUUACCACUUAACAUUCAGAAUAAUGACACAAGUAGUUAUUACUCUGAAGCAGAAUCAGAAUCUCUUUCUUCAUCGCAACCAAUCUAUGAUUAUGUCUAUAAUGUUGCUGAUGAAAAUUCCGAAACAGCAGAUAACAAAACAAGUAAUGUUUACUAUUAUAUAAAUAAUGAUGAGGAAAAACUAUAUAAAAAAUCUGUUUCUUGCAAUACCCCCAAAGUUUGUGAAACAGUCUUUAAAACCCGAAAAACUCCCAAUCAAAAAAACGAUUUAAUAUUAAAUAUACCCUUUAUACCUAUUUGUACUACAUCUACAAGUUCCUCGAGUACACCGAGAUAUAUCCAGAGUGGUGGAAGUCGAAGCCGUCGUUCAUCUAGUUCAAGUGCUCUUAGCCCAUACCGUACUCUCUCGCACUCUGGUUUUAUGCCUGCACAACGUAAUCCAGUUCCUGAUCAUAAGCAUAUACCAUUACCAUCGGAACCAAUGAAAUAUAAACCACUUGGCAAAAGUUCAAGUUUUGAAGGAAUAUUUGCUUCUCCACGGUAUAUUGAAGUUUGCGAGAAUUGUUUUGAAAAUAUUUUUCAAGCGAAAAUAUUACAGGAUAAUAUUAGUGAUGCACUAAAAAGUUCAAACUUUAACAAUUCUAAAAAUUGUAAUGAAAGUGCAACUCAUUGCAGAACAAAUACAGAGAACUCCUCUUACUUGCCUGAAUAUGAUUCGAUCACAACAACUUCAGUUGAUGUGACAGAAAACUUCGCUAGCUUUUCAUCGCAAUUGGAACCACUUUUGGAGGUAGAAGAGAUUGAUAGUGAUAGAUCUGAUAAAAAAGUGGUGAAUUCAAAUCACCAAUCAAAUAAUUUAAAAGAGGUUUUACAAGUUAAUCCAAUAUCUAAAACCAGUUUUAUUGACAAAAUCAUGCGACUUAAUUAUUCAGAAGAAUCUACUAACAGUAACUUUAAGAAAAGAAAUCGUACAAUUUCCAGCAAUAUUUCUGAUAUGACGCCAGAAAAUUAUAGUAAAAAUGAGGUUAUGGAGUCUACAUCUAAAGAAUCUGUAAUGGAAAUAUUGGAAUUUGGUAAUUGCAUCAAAAAUAAUGCUAUAGUUUCAAAUACAAACAUAUUAAGUAAACGCGACAGUGAUCACAAAACCUUUCGAAAUGACAAAAUACGUAGUUCUUUUUCAAAUAAAGACUUUAGUAAAGACCAAAAAGCUCAGUAUUCAAUGGAGACUAAUUAUAAUGAGGUUGCCAAUCCUUCGGACGGCAAGCGCAUGUUAAUGACAAGGGAGGAGCGCAUACACAGAAAACUAAUAUUUCAAGAUCUAUGGGAAGAUCAUAUUCACUUUUUCCAGUGGAAGGAAAAUGAUUGUGAUAUUGUUACUACAGAAAAUAUUCUAAAAAACAAAGGCGGAUUGUCGGAGCAUCAAUCGCGCAUUGAAACAGAAAAAGCACAUAUCACUAAUAAAACUACUAACCGCACUCAAAGUUUGUGUUCUUAUUUUGAGCAAAGGUUACAAGAUGAACCACUCAUUGAGGUAGACAGAAUGAGUAAUAAACAUUUUCAAAGUAAUGAAAAUAACUCAAAAACGUCCAUUGUAACUACCAGUGAUAAUGACUUCAAUAAAGAAAAAGUCGAGAUUAAAAAUAAAACAAUUUUAGAAGAAAUUGAACACAACGAACAUAACAUCAAACAUUUAAAGAAUUCAUCAGUAAAUAUUGAACCCUAUUUUCCAGAAAAGUUUGAGAGAAAUGAUUCCGAAUGUUUAUGUGUGGAUCACGCUUCCGUAAAAAUAAUCAGUCAAAAUGAACGACAGUUCGCAAUAGAACAUAAUAAUAGUGAUUGUAGUAAAAAUCAAACUGGACUUGUUGAGACUGAAAAUGAAGAGCCCACAGAUAUGUUACAAUUAGCAGUUGAUAUUCCAGAAGAAGAGGAAACGCAACAUACAAAUAUAUUCGAAGUUAUUGAUAAUGUUUCAGAAAAGUGUUCACAAAAUGUUAGUAAAGAACAGUUCCAGUGUUGCAAUGAUAAUGAAAAUGAAGAUGGCGGUGAACUAAACCCUCUAAAAUUGACUUUAGCUGAAGAAAAUGUGAUUGAAGAUAUAAAUAAGCAAACAGAGAAUGUUACUAAAAAUGUCUUUAUUACACCAGCAUUAGUUAUAGAAAAAUGCAAAAAGUUGAUGGGUGAUCAAUCUGAGUGCAGAGUUGAACUUGAACAGGGUAAAAAUUGUGAAUGUGAAGAUAAUGUCAAAAAAGUGAUAUCGAGAAUAGGUAUCGAAGAUGAAAAAUGUGAAUCCGAUGCAGAUUUCGUCUUUGAGUCAUGCCAUAAAUUUACAACCAAUACAUCUGAAUUGGUAAUGAAAGAUGAUAAAAGAGUUAAAAACAACCCAAAAAAUUCAAUUGUUGAGUCAUGUAAUAAAUCUACAUAUAAUCAUUUGAAACUCGGAACGGAAAGUGAUAAUAAUGUUGAGUAUCAAUCAAUAGAAAGAACUGAAAUAGUCACUCAAUUUGUUGACAACCUAUAUGGUUUGAUUGCUGAGCCUUGCAUUACAUUUACAAGUAAUGAUUCUAAACUUAGAAUGGAAAGAGAAAACUGUUCUGUAUUGAAAUUGGUUGAAAACACUGAAAUGGUUUCUGAAUUUAUUAACAGCCCAGAUGAAUUGAUUGUUCAGACUAACGAUAAAUUCACAACUGAUCAAUCUAAACAUAGAAUGGAUGGAGAGAACAGUUCUGAAAUCAAAUUAGUUGAAAAUAUUGAAAAAAUUGACAACCCAGAAGAUAUGAUUGUUAAGUUUUGCGAUAUAUCAUCAACUGAUCAUUUUGAACUCGGAAUGGACGGAGACAAAAAUGCUGAAUAUCAAUCAAUGGAAAGUACUAAAAUAGUUAAUGAUAUUAUGAAGAACUCAGAUGAUUCAAAUAUUGAACCAUGCAAUAAAUCUACAACUGAUCAAUCUCGAAAAGGGAUGAAAGGAGAAAAUAGUUCUGAAUUGAAAUUGAUUAAAAAAACUAAAGUAAUUUCUGAAUUUAUUGACAACCCAGAGGACAUGAUUGUUCAGACUUGCGAUAAAUUCACAACUGAUCAAUCUAAACAAAAAAUGGAUGGAGAAAACAGUUCAGAAUUCAAAUUAGUUGAAAAUAAUGAAAUAGAAAUAGAAGACGAUAAAAAUGUUGAAAGAACUAAAAUAGUUACUGAAACUAUAAACAACUCAGAUGAUUCAAAUAUUGAACCAUGUAAUAAAUCUACAACUGAUCAAUCUGGAAAAGGGAUGAAAGGAAAAAAUAGUUCUGAAUCGAAAUUGAUUAAAAAAACUAAAGUAAUUUCUGAAUUUAUUGACAACCCAGAGGACAUGAUUGUUCAGACUUGCGAUAAAUUCACAACUGAUCAAUCUAAACAAAGAAUGGAUGGAGAAAACAGUUCUGAAUUCAAAUUAGUUGAAAAUAAUGAAAUAGAAAUAGAAGACGAUAAAAAUGUUGAAAGAACUAAAAUAGUUACUGAAACUAUAAACAACUCAGAUGAUUCAAAUCUUGAACCAUGCAAUAAAUCUACAACUGAUCAAUCUCGAAAAGGGAUGAAAGGAGAAAAUAGUUCUGAAUCGAAAUUGAUUAAAAAUCCUAAAGUAAUUUCUGAAUUUAUUGACAACCCAGAGGACAUAAUUGUUCAGACUUGCGAUAAAUUCACAACUGAUCAAUCUAAACAAAGAAUGGAUGGAGAAAACAGUUCAGAAUUCAAAUUAGAUGAAAAUAAUGAAAUAGAAAUAGAAAUAGAAGACGAUAAAAAUGUUGAAAGAACUAAGAUAGUUACUGAAACUAUAAAGAACUCAGAUGAUUCAAAUAUUGAACCAUGCAAUAAAUCUACAACUGAUCAAUCUCGAAAAGCGAUGAAAGGAGAAAAUAGUUCUGAAUCGAUAUUGAUUAAAAAAACUAAAGUAAUUUCUGAAUUUGUUGACAACCCAGAGGACAUGAUUGUUCAGACUUGCGAUAAAUUCACAACUGAUCAAUCUAAACAAAAAAUGGAUGGAGAAAACAGUUGUGAAUUCAAUUUAGGCGAUAUAAAUGUUAAAUAUCAAUCGAUGGAAAAAAUUAAAAUAGAUACUGAAUUUAUCAACAACUCAGAUUGUUUAAUGAUUGAUUCAUCCAAUAAAUUUACAAGUGAUCAGUCUGAGCUAAGAAUGGAAGGAGGAAACAGUAAUAAAUCCGAUAGAUUUGAAAACAUUGACACGGGUGCAGAAACCGUUGAUGAUUUUUUUGAAAAAUCCAAAUCCAAAUUUGAAUCUGCAUAUGAGCAAAAUAAAAAUUGUAAGUCAAUUGAUUGUAGUCAUAAAGCUUAUGAUAAUGUUACCAGCAGUACAGUCGUUGAAUUUGUGUCAGAAAAUGGAAACAAUGAAGACCUUGCAGUAGAGAAACCAAUGUGUGAUGAUGUUACGCGCGAUUGCAACAUUGAUGAAGAAAAUAAAUUUAUAUACCGUCAAAAUUGUGAUGAUAAAAAUGGAUGUAACAAUGAAAUCUAUACCGAAUAUGAAAUGUGUAUAAUGCAUGACUCAGAAACUAAUAGUGUUGAUGUAGAUGUACAUCUUACGCCAUCAACUGAAACUAUAAAUCAAAAUUUAUUUGAAAAAUCUACUUCUUUAAUCACUGAUAGUGAACUUUACCUACAAAAGAAAUCAUUUGAUUCUGAACUUGAAAUAUCAAAAAAAGAAGAAAAGUCUAUUGGAAAAUCACAAGACCUUCUCGGUUUGCCAUCAUUGGAAACAGUUCUAACUAAAAAAACCUCUGAGCUAUAUGAAAUGGAAAAUGUUAAAGAAAUCGAUUCAAUACAAGUUUCUGAAAAUCAGAGUUCAUCAUAUCACACUGCAUAUUCCAUUUCAGGACAAGAAAUCGAUAUUGGUAAAGAAAUUAAUGGAAAGGACAUGAAAAUUGAUUGUCCAUAUGUUAAUCAAGUUCCUAUGCGAAGUUAUAGCAAAUCAUCUAAUGAAUGUGAUAUUAUUGAAAAUAGUAUUUAUUCAACCGGAACAGUUAACUUUGUAGAUAAAACAAAAAUCGAUAAAUGUGAAAUGGAAGCAGAUAAUGAAAAUGCUAUAGAAAAUGACUGCGCUAAAAGUGAUGAACAAAGUAACAACAGUGAAUGUUCUAAUCACACAUAUAAUGUGGAUGAAGAUAAUGAUCGUCGCUUAUCGUUUUUUCGAGAAUAUGAGCUUUAUUCAACUACUACUGUCAAUGAUUUGCCUAAAAUUGAUAUGCAUAUUAAUAAUUUAGAUUUAAUUGAUGUAGAAAGUGUUAAUUCAGAAAUUAUGAAUAAUCUUUCAGCUAGGGCUCGUAUUACCGACGAAGAGAGAGAAAUAAUUCAUAGUCAACUAAGAAAACAUGUUAAAAUCAAUUCAGAUGCACAACAAUUGAAAUUUACCGUAACUCCUACUGAUUGUGAUAUCGAACAUCAAGAUAUUGAAGAGCCUUUAAUAUUUAAUAAUUCAAGUGAUAGCCAAGACAUGUCAGUUCCUAAAAUCAUUAAUAGUGAUGAUCUUAAUAAAGAAACUCAGUUUUCUUUAUUAGAAUUGGAAAUUCUUAAUAAAAUAGAAACAAAUAAUUUAAAGGAAACUGGUGAAAUAUUUGAAAAAAUCGAUUCUUCUAUUCGUAAUAAGUGGGCAACAUCUACAUUAGCUGAAUUAGUGAAUACUCAACUAGAUAUAUCUUCAAAAUCUUCUUCAAAACUGCAAGAUUACUCAAACUCUAGUGAAAUUGAUUUCACUAAAAAAAAUUUUCUUUCAUCAACACCAUCUCCAUCAAAAUGUAAGAUUUUGUCAAAAGAAGAUUUGGGUUUCAUAACACUAUCAAAUUAUACAAAUAAAAAAGAUAAUGCUUUAGAUGAAAACCCCUCAACAUCGACUCCAAGAACAGUAACCACUAAUAGAGGCACAUAUGUACAUAGGAAUUAUCGACGUUCCCGUUCGUUUACAGCAGAACGAUCAAGCCCCAUAGCAGGAGCGUUUAAAGUAAAAAUGAAUAAGACCGUUCCUAAUAUACGAACAAUAAAAAAUAAACCAAUAACAACUGUACAUGAAAUGUUUGAAAGUAAACGUGUAAAGAAUCAGAGAAAUUUUGUAAUGGAGAAUAUACGUAAUGCUGGCGUACCUCGUUAUUUACAAAAAUCAUGUCUUAGAAAAUCAAAAUCAAAUAACAGUGGGACUACCUUAAAAAAAACAUCGAAUACAAAUGAGGUACCUGUUACAUCCGUAAGCACAUCAGGCAUACCGCAACCAUCUAUUUUUACUUUUAAGUCAAAGGAAAGUAUCAGUGGAUCCCCUAAAUUUUGGUUUAGCUUGCCUGCUAAAAAUUCAGUCCCAAAUAAGAAACCCCAAAGAUUGAGCAACAAAAAGGUUUCAAGAAUUAGAAAAGCUCAAGACCCAUUUGAAUUAAAACCAUGCGAAUCGCUUACUUGUAUACCAACAAUAGCAUCGAAGCAUGCAAGUACAAUAAGCAAUGCCGUUGACGAUGGCACUAAUAUAAAUGAAGUAUCACCUUAUAAACGUCGCGUUCCUUGUGACGAACAAGCUUCUGCUUCUAAAGCCGGUGUUGUACAUAAAAAAAUUCGUUUUGAUAACAGUUUAGAUGAAGAUACAUCAGAAGUGUAUGGAGUUGAACUUGAUAAAUCACCAAUAGCAUCGGAAGAGGAUGAAAAACAAAAUUAAUCAAGAGAUUACAAUAAUCCCUACUUAAAAUUCGUUUAGAAAGAGGAUGGUCUACUAUUAUAACAAACAGAAACUUUUGAAAGUGUGCCCUAAACUAUAGCCGACACAAUCCAUUACUGAUAGUAGUUAUUUUUGGAUUAUUUAUUUUGAUAUAAUUU